UAGGUCUAGAGAGAGAAGCUUGCGGAUAGCAAAAGCCGAGCUUUCUUCUUGCUCCGAAACUUUGCUAAGUAAAAGAAAUCCACCUACGUAUUCUUCAUAUAUCUAUCUAUUGGAACCGUCAUCUGGGAGGUCGAGCCAAUGACGGAAGUCGCGAGCUCAGUGGUGCACGAGGUAUUGGGCCGGAGGGCCCAGGACGUGGAUGAGCCAAUCAUCGACUACAUCAUCAACGUCCUCGCGGACGAAGACUUCGAUUUUGGCGUCGACGGUGAGGGCGCCUUCGACGCCAUCGGAGAGAUCCUCGUCAGCGCCGAAUGUGUCACCGACUUCACCGAGUGUCGAUCGGUUUGCAGCAAAUUGUCUGAAAAGUUUGGAAAGCAUGGGUUGGUUAAAGCUAAACCAACUGUGCGGAGCCUGGCAACUCCAUUCCGAAUGAAUGAGGGAAUGGAUGAGGAGGAAGUCCCGAAGAAGAAACCUGAGGUGAUGGAUGGUCCUGUGCUAUCUGAACGUGAGCGAGCAAAGCUAGCAAGAGACAAGAGGAAGGAGGAACGUCAAAGAGAGGCACAAUACCAAAUGCAUUUGGCAGAGAUGGAAGCUGCAAGAGCAGGGAUGCCUGUUAUAUGUGUAAAUCAUGAUAAUAGAGGUGGACCAACUGUCAAGGAUAUCCAUUUGGAGAACUUUGAUAUCUCUGUGGGUGGUCGCGAUCUAAUUGUGGAGGGUUCAGUCACACUAUCAUUUGGAAGGCACUAUGGCCUUGUAGGAAGAAAUGGUACAGGGAAAACAACCUUCCUUAGGUACAUGGCUUUGCAUGCCAUUGAUGGUAUUCCUAACAACUGUCAGAUACUGCAUGUUGAGCAAGAAGUGGUUGGUGAUGAUACUACAGCAUUGCAGUGUGUUCUUAACUCUGAUGUUGAGAGAACCCAGCUUUUAGAAGAAGAAGCUAGACUGGUUGCCCAACAGAGAGAGUUGGAGUUUGAAGAUGAAACUGUAAAGGAAAAUGGGGAUCUGGAUAAGGUGAUUGACAAAGAUGCCAUCUCACAAAGGCUUGAGGAGAUAUACAAAAGGCUCGACUUAAUUGAUGCUGAUUCUGCAGAGUCACGUGCUGCUUCUAUUCUUGCGGGCCUGAGUUUCUCUUCAGAUAUGCAGAAGAAGGCCACCAAAACAUUUUCUGGAGGAUGGCGAAUGAGAAUAGCUCUUGCUCGUGCAUUGUUUAUAGAGCCCGAUUUACUGCUACUUGAUGAACCCACAAACCAUCUCGAUCUUCAUGCGGUCCUAUGGUUGGAAUCCUACCUGGUGAAAUGGCCAAAGACAGUCAUAGUUGUUUCUCAUGCGAGAGAAUUCUUGAACACGGUAGUCACAGACAUUCUUCAUUUACAUGGGCAAAAACUGACUGCGUACAAGGGGAAUUAUGAUAUAUUUGAGAGGACGCGGGAGGAACAACUUAAGAACCAGCAGAAAGCAAUUGAGGCAAAUGAACGUUCCAGAGCUCAUAUGCAGGCAUUUAUUGAUAAGUUCCGCUACAAUGCAAAGAGGGCAUCUCUAGUCCAGUCUAGAAUCAAGGCAUUGGAUCGGUUGGGUCACAUGGAUGAAAUUGUCAAUGACCCCGACUACAAAUUUGAGUUCCCAACUCCAGAUGACAGACCAGGUCCCCCUGUGAUAAGUUUCAGCGAUGCAUCAUUUGGCUAUCCUGGGGGGCCCUUAUUGUUUCAUAAUUUGAAUUUUGGAAUCGAUUUAGACAGCCGUGUUGCAAUGGUUGGCCCCAAUGGCAUUGGCAAAUCAACUAUACUCAAACUAAUUGCAGGGGAACUACAACCAAGCUCGGGGACUGUUUUCCGUUCUGCUAAGGUCCGAAUUGCUGUUUUUAGUCAGCACCAUGUUGAUGGGCUUGACUUAUCUUCAAAUCCCCUUUUGUAUAUGAUGCGCUGCUAUCCGGGUGUGCCUGAACAGAAGCUCCGAGCUCAUUUGGGUUCGUUUGGUGUAACUGGAAAUCUUGCACUUCAACCAAUGUACACUUUGUCAGGUGGUCAGAAAAGCAGGGUUGCAUUCGCAAAGAUAACAUUUAAGAAACCUCACAUAAUAUUGCUUGAUGAGCCGUCCAAUCAUCUAGAUUUGGAUGCUGUGGAGGCACUAAUUCAGGGCCUUGCUUUGUUUCAAGGAGGCAUACUCAUGGUUAGCCACGACGAGCAUCUAAUAUCUGGUAGUGUAGACGAACUAUGGGUGGUAUCCAAAGGAAAGAUUUCACCAUUCCAUGGCAGCUUCAAUGAUUAUAAGAAGAUACUGCAGUCUUCAUAGAAAAGCUGGUCAAAUUCAUUCUCCUCUGAGGUGUAAGUACCUUGAUUGCAGUAAAAUUAUUGGGAUGUGAGCAGAAGACUAUAGAAACAAACAUAGCCAAUAUAUAUAUUGGGAGAAACUUCUGCUGAAAGGGUGAGUGAGGGAUGGUUUCUUGGAACAUAUAUUUCGAUUUUACAAUAUAUUUUUUUAAUAUUAUAGUUCGAUAUUUAACGGGCUAGAAUUUUGAUAAACAGGUCCUCAAUGAGCAGUCUUUAUCAUUACAUAAGGCAAAA